GACGUUGCCACAUCUAGUAUUACGUAAAAUACUUGAUUAAAUAAUGGAAGCAAUAAAAAGAACCAUAAAGAUGUGAAACAGUAUAAUUCCGAUUUUACAGAAGGCGGCUGUGUAAAUAUACAUAUACUCCAAUUGAGAUACCAAACAGAUUGAGACAUUCAAAAUCGUCAAGUGUGAGCUAGAGGGCGUCGCAUGAAAGUUUCAUGUAGCCCAACUGUUUACUCUACAGCCUUUCAGUUGUUCAAACAUUCUACGAUGCGGAUUACCGCGCGAUAACGUUUGAGAUUCUAAGAUUGAUUUUCAAUGAGAUGCUUUACUAGGAAGAUUUGCGGUAUAUGGAAUUUUAUAAGACCUAUUUUUGUGUCAUUUGUACAUUUAAGAAGUUUAGACGAGGAUAAACUUUUAUAUUGGAGACGAGCGAACGCGGCUGUUUGUGAACCAUUUACGACUUCCCAAGAAGGGUGCAAUAGAUGUGUUUGUGCGGCUGAUGGAGUCACUUAUUGUACCAGGAUGGCGUGUUUAAACAAACGGAAACCUGACCAAAGAUUUACGAAGAGUGAUGAAGAUGAUGAAGAGAAUGAAACUGCGGACUGAUUAAAUUAAUUUUAGUUAAAAGGCUUUUUAAAUACAUAGAAAGAAAGAAAUAUUUUUGUUCAAGUAAACUUAAGUUUAAGCAUUUUCGAAUAGUCAUUUUUUCAUGAUUCUAUUGCGUAUUCGGAACACAAUUUCAGCUUCAAUUUUUUUUAUCUAAAAGUAUAUGCUUACAGAUUGCUCUCAUAGAUAUUUUAUCAAUAUCGGUUUAGUAGUUUAAUUUUUAAAUUAAAAUAACUAGUUUUGAUUUAAUUAAAGUAAUUUUUUUAUAGAUCACAAUUUAAUUAAGAUCUUAUUGUUAAAUAAGAAAAUAACAAUAAAAAAAAAAAUAAACUAGACACCUCUCGAAACAGAAAAUUCUACACUACAUCAUUACUAUUCUUACUCGGAAGGGCCUCUUAACGAUUUAUCGGAAUAAAGCUGUGUACCGUUA